AAAUUUGACAAAAAAAACAUAACCUUAAACUUCAAAACAACGUUUCUCUUCAAUUAAAUAUCUAGUCUAAUCGAUUUUGUUAUUUAUUUUUAUAAAAUAUGUCAGAAAGAAAAGUAUUAAAUAAAUACUAUCCUCCGGAUUUUGAUCCAUCGAAAAUACCGCGUAUGAAAUUACCUCGUAAUCGACAAUAUACUGUACGAUUAAUGGCUCCAUUUAAUAUGCGUUGCAAAACUUGUGGCGAAUAUAUUUACAAGGGUAAAAAAUUCAAUGCUCGUAAAGAAGACGUAGAAAACGAGGAUUAUUUAGGAAUACGAAUUUAUAGGUUUUAUAUCAAAUGUACUAGAUGUUUACAAGAAAUAUCCUUUAAAACUGAUCCAAAAAAUACUGAUUAUGAAAUAGAGGCUGGUGCGACGAGAAAUUUUAUGGCAUUGAAACUAGCUGAAGAGCAAGCUCAAAAAGAAGAAGAUGAAUUAAAAGAUGAAGAAGCAAAUAAUCCAAUGAAGCUUUUAGAAAAUCGUACUGAACAAUCUAAAAAUGAAAUUGAAUUAUUAGAAUCACUAGAAGAAUUAAAAGAUUUAAAUCGAAGGCAUCAAAAUAUUGAUUAUGAUUCUAUGUUGCAGCAAUAUGAUACCCGAGAAACAGCCCGAGAGCGUGAGGAAAGAUUACAAAAAAUGGAUGAAGAAUUUAUAAAAAGUAUUAAAUUUUCUAAUUCAAAUAAACGAAAAUUGGUUGUAGAAGAAGAAAUUAUUGAAGAUAUGCCAGAACCUUUAUCUAAAGAAAUAAAAUCGUUAUCCAAAGAGAAUGAUUCUGAUAUGCAAAAAAAUAUUGACAAACCUAAGGUUGAAAAUAAAUUGUCUAAUUGGUCUUUUAAAAGUAUUGGUGGAUUAUCAUCUAAAAAAGUUUUAAACUCUGGACUGGUGAAAAUAAAAAAAGUAGAUAACACUAUAAAUAAAGCAUCAACUUCCGAACAGUCAAUCAACGACGAUAAUACAUCUUCGCAACACAAAGACGUAGAUAGUUCGAUUCAAUUACAACCUAAAAUAACUACGACGAAUCAUGGAGGUGGUUUAUCAUUAGUAGGGGAUUAUAGCAGUAGUGAUGAUAAUGAUUCUUCAUAGAAUUUAUUGAAAAUUUGGUGUCAUUAAAAAGUAUAAUUGGUUCUUCCAAGUUAUAUAUGUAUUGUGAAAUAAAAUUCAAACCACAUUAUCGACUCGGUAUCAGUAAGUGUUUGUAAGAUACAAAUAAAUACACAUCGUGCAAGUUGAGGUAAGGGUACAAUGUUCAUUUCAUAUUUUUAAAAUAAUCGCUACUUAAUGAACGAAAGUGCAUUAUUAAUUGUUAUAUAAAAAUAGUU